CUGUUCACGUUCCUCUCUCUCUCUCUCUCUCUCCUUCUGCAAAUCUUGAAGAAAUCCAAGCUCUAUUUGUGUUUUGAUGAAAAGGUUAUUUUCCUAGAGAUGGGUUCUUGUGUUUCAGUCAAUAAAAACAAAGAUCCUGCAAUGAAAAUCCCAUUCCCUAUAGAUUCCAAAGCUCCAAACCUCUCAAUUUCAUCACCCACCCAUCAAAACCUGACAAAUGGCAAACACCCAAAUGCACGAUUCGCUUCUCAGAGCCGGAACGCUAGCCGCGAGUUCGGCAGUAAAGAGGACGCAUUCUUUGAUUCACAGGCCUGGUUAGAAUCUGAUGGUGAGGAUGAUUUCGUCAGCAUCAAUGGAGAUUUAACACCAUCCCAUGGUAGUAGUACUCCAAACCAUCAAAGAAGUGCCUCUGGAACUUCUCGGCUCAACAGAGUCUCUUUCACGGACAGAAUAUCAGACUCCAAACUUGAAACUUCUCCAACCAAUAAGAUAACAAGGCUAUCUGAACUUUUGAAGGAAAGCCCACAAAGCCAACGAGUUGCCGACGGCCAAAACAUCAGCGGGUCCCAAACUAAUACCAAUGGGAAGCUAGGAUCUGAUGAGGCCCACAUUGAAAUUCCUCUGAAAUCAUCAGAAGGAAGCCCAAAUUCUGUCUUGAACAGCAAGAGAACUCAAAGCAAAGAUUUGAAGCAUGAAAAGAUGAAAUCCGCUAAGACGGCCCAGUGCUGCCUUCUGAGUUUGGUACCAAACCGUAAGCAGCCGAGCUCCAGGCCCCACAACGGAGGGUAAAACUACCAACUUCUAAACGGAUUCCUUUUUCUUUUCUUUUUUUGAGUUGAGAUUUUUUUACUUGUAAGUUCAGUGUAUAUGGAUGAAGCAAAAUCUUUCAUUUCCACCAUCUCUUAAAUGGUGUCGGCUCAUCCACCUUAUACAAGGCAUACAUGUGUGCAAUCCAAACCCCUCCAAAUCAUGGGCCUUUUCAUGGACUAAGCAUUUGGGGGCUUAGGAUCAUUGGGUAAGUUUACUUUUCAGGGCAAUGCCUCCAUCCACAUUGAAUCACUGGCAGUCUGGAUUGAAGUAGAUAUAAGCCAUGUGAAAGCUGGAUGGGUCGCCACCAUUUAAGAAACCACGGAGAAUGCCUGUAGUAGCCAUCAUUGAUGGCUUUGUGACUUUUGUUUCUGUGAAGAGUUUGAGAGACAGGCAAUGUUGCAUGUGAUUAUCUUCAAUGAGAAAUACUCAAGUGUUUGGAUUGACUUUAUUUUAUA